AUCCUCCUCUUCUUACGCAUUCACUCUCCACUCCACAAACACCAAGAGACCUUCAUAUAUUGACUUCAGGAAUUGCAGCCGAAUCUUUUUGUGGAUAUGAAUGUGUUAUAAAGAAACAGCAAGCUAUAAAUUAAGUUAAAGAAUGUUGCCAAUUUCAUCAGCUCGGAAUCCUCAGCAGAGUCUGAUCUGGAUCUCUGCCUUUGCUUUGUUUGCCUGCUUGUCUGUGCAUGGCCGAAUAACUCAAGCAUCCCAGGAAUGGGUAGGCGCACCUUUAUCAGACUCUAGAGAAUAUUUGAAUGUCAGAUCCCAUUUUCCAAGUGAUUUUGUUUUUGGAGCAUCGACUGCCGCUGCUCAGAUUGAAGGAUCGACUACAUCUGAAGGGAAAGGACCUAGCGUUUGGGAUCAAUUUCUUCGGGAAUUCCCAGAUAUAGUAAAGGACAACAGUAGCUUUGAUGUAGCAAUCGAUUCAUAUAACCGCUACAAGGAAGAUGUGUUGGCUUUGAAGGACCUAGGCAUAGAUGCUUAUAGAUUUUCGAUCCCCUGGACCAGGAUUUUGCCUAAUGGAUCUUUGAGUGGUGGAAUAAAUCAGGAGGGUAUCAAUCACUACAACAGUCUCAUCGACGAGUUGAUUAAACAUGGCAUCAAGCCCUUUGUGACACUAUUGCACUUUGACUCACCGCAAGCCCUUGAAGAGAAGUACGGAGGCUUUUUAAAUCGCAAUAUUGUAAAGGAUUUCAAGAAGUAUGCUGAAAUUUGUUUCAAAGCAUUUGGAGAUCGCGUGAAAAAUUGGAUUACAAUCAAUGAACCACUAAUUAUUGCUAACUUUGGGUAUAGCACGGCAGUGGCUCCGCCGGGCAGAUGUUCGGAUAGAAAAAGGUGUCCCGCUGGUAAUUCAGCCACUGAACCUUACAUUGUUGCCCAUAACCUUCUUCUUGCCCACGCAACUGUUGCUAGGCUUUACAAAGACAAGUACCAGGCAGCUCAAGGGGGAAAAAUUGGUUUGAGCCUUGUUGGGGAGUAUUAUGAGCCCUAUUCAAGCACAUUGUUAGAUAGAGCUGCAGCAAAAAGAGCCUUGGAUUUCGUGUUGGGAUGGUUUAUGGAACCCCUGGUGCGAGGACGGUACCCACUAAGCAUGAGAAGAUUGGUGAAGGAUAGGCUACCAGUUUUCAGUGCAAAAGAGGAAAAGCUGGUCAAAGGAUCUUUUGAUUUCAUUGGCAUCAAUUACUACACAUCAAGAUAUGCUAAGCACAUUCCAAUUAAUCCACAAGCUGCACCUGUCAGCUACUUAGCAGACCAACAUGUCAAUGUCUCAGUGACCAAAAAUGGAGUUCUUAUUGGUCCAAAAGCCGAAGGGAGCUGGUACCUUUACAUAUAUCCCAAAGGGCUGUACAGAAUUUUGAAGUUUAUGGAGGAAAACUACGAUAAAAACCUUGAAAUCUACAUUACUGAGAAUGGCGUUACGGAAGAAAAGGACGACAGCAUUCCGAUCCAUCAGGCGCUAAACGAUCAACAUAGAAUUGACUUCAUUCAGAAGCAUUUGCGACAAAUCCGCAGGGCAAUCAACAAUGGCGUGAAUGUCAAAGGAUAUUUCUAUUGGAGUUCAUUCGAUGACUUUGAAUGGUCAGAAGGGUAUGGCGUCCGAUUCGGACUUUACUACGUUGAUUACAAGAACAACCUCAGGCGCAUCCCCAAGAAAUCUGCUAAAUGGUACCAUGAUUUUGUCAAAGGUGGCAGGAAACAAGCAAGCUAAAGAUCGAGUUCAUUAUUGUUAUAGCAAAAUUAUAUAAUUCAUUAAGAAAUAAUAGACAAGGAAAACAAAAAAGUACCCUGCUUUCAGGUGGAUAGCAUCUGUAAGCUUCUCUUAAGGGAUGAAUUACUAUGCAGGCUGGCUAAUAGAAUCCAUUAGUUUUCUUAUCAGAAAAAUGAAAAAGGACUCUGCCUUCUGGUUCAUAGCA